AUGCUCCCCAAGACCCGAACUAUUUCUUCCUAUUUGCACAACCACACAGCCAUUUUCACGUCGCACACGAACCCAGAAACGCACCUUCAGGUUCGAUCCAUUUCGAGCCUCAAGGUGGUUUGGCGCAAAGACCGGAAGCUAGACCAGGCCAUUGAGAACGACAAACAAUACAAGCUCUGUGCCCGGGUCGUCAAGGAGGUCCUUAACGAACCGGGCCAGGUAAUCCCACUUCGGUACCUUGAAAAACGGCGCGAAAGAUUGCGCCUUAACAUCAAAAAUCAAACCAAAACGGAACCCGUUAAGUUUCUUCGAAUUAGCGAUAGGCUCCAGCAAAUUCUUGAAGAAGGGAAUGGGAUUGUUAUGGAAAAUGAGCCUCUGAUUGUGUCUAAGUUGUGUAAAUUGUUGAUGAUGUCCAAGGAUAAAGUGCUUAGUGCUGAUAAAUUGGUUCAUGUCAAGAGGGAAUUUGGGUUCCCUAAUGAUUUUAUGGUCAAUUUGGUGCCCAAGUAUCCGCAAUAUUUUAGGAUACUUAGGUUCCCUGGGGAGGAGAAAUCAUUUCUGAAAUUGGUUUCUUGGAACCCCGAGUUUGCGAAAUCUGUGAUUGAGAGGAGAGCAGAAGAGGAGUCAAAUUUGACAGGCAUCCGAGUUCGUCCUAAUUUUUAUUAUAAGCUUCCAUCAGGGUUUUUCUUGAAGAGGGAAAUGAGGGAGUGGGUUAGGGAUUGGAUGGAGCUGGAUUACAUAUCGCCAUAUGAGGAUGUGUCGCAAGUGGAUCAAGCAUCUCAGGAAAUGGAGAAGAGGACGGUUGGGGUUUUCCAUGAGCUGUUAUCAUUGUCCAUAUUUAAGAGGAUUCCUGUGCCCAUAUUGGGGAAAUUUAGUGAUGAGUAUAGGUUUUCAAAUGCAUUCUCGAAUGUAUUCACAAGGCAUUCGGGGAUAUUCUAUCUGUCGUUGAAGGGAGGGAUUAAGACAGCAGUGCUCAGGGAAGCGUACAAGGAUGAUGAAUUGAUUGACUAUGAUCCGCUACUAGAGAUAAAGGACAAGUUUGUUGAGCUAUUGGAGGAGGGAUGGAGGGAGAGAAAAGAACAGAUGCAGUUGCAAAUGGAAGAGGUUAAGAAGGACAAGGAAAGGAUGGCCAUGGGGAAUAAAGAAUAG